CUCUCAAGUGAGACCACUCCAGUGAAAAGCCACUUCAACUGAGAUGUUUCUUGGCUUUCCUUUGUCCUUUCAGACACAAUCUCUCGGCGUCGCAUCAAUCUCUGUUCUCCCCCCUCUCGUGUCUAGUUGCGCUACCUUAGCUGGGAGAAACACCUGGCAUCCCACAGGCUAUUGACAACCACUGUCAAGCGCUCAGCGGUCGCGGGUCUCCAAGCUACAGUACUUACCUCAGCUACCGACUUGGUGCCGCGUCUUCUUCAUGCCUUCAGCAUCGGGUCUCCAUGAACAUGUCUCGGUUGUCACCUGUCAUCGCACCGUUUCCCCCGGUGGGUUUUGAGCCAAGUGGCCCAAGGGCAGACACAACAGAGUCCGUCGCCCGUUGAAGCGGGGAAGAGUGUACUUAACGCGAGAGAUGGUAGUGUCAAAACAUUUCACUUCCACUCUGCCUUGACUUGUCUUGGCCUGGCCUACGAGGCCGAAUUGACACACUAUAAGAGUACUGAGUCAGAAACAUCCGAAGCCCCUUACCCCUGACGCGCAUUGCUGAAGACAAACAAAUCAACGGAGAGAAGAAAAGAAAGUUGCAGCAAUAUCGUCUACAGAGUCCACAAUCAACCCUCCACGCGGCGUGAGGAGCUCACACGAAACCGCCGGUGUCGCAGGAAACAUGCCGGCAAAGUCCCUGACCCAGAUCUGUGGCGGUAUCAACUUGGCGGAGAUCUCAUUAUGAUUAUCAACUAAGUUAGUAUUAUCAUCAACUACAAGUUCGCGCCGAGAGGCAGCGUAUUACGAAGCGUACGGAAUCGAUUGUGCCCUUCUGGGAAUGGUGGUCCGGUUCAAGUGGACCAAAGCAAGGGGACCAAGCUAACAAAAACUCUGUGUGUGUUUGAGGGAGAAUUUGUGCCACGAUAAGGCAGCAAGCAAGUGUUUGUUAUUAUAUGUAGAGGGGUAUGAGGCCAGCGAGGACGAGAAUAGCAUCAAAGAACUAUGAAAAGCUCAUGUGAGGUUGGACAGC